AGGCGCCGCCGCCCGGCCCGGCCUCGCCUCGGACGCCUCGCUCCGACAUGCCCCGCUCUGGCGGCCGGGCUCGCGGAGGAUCAUGACUGCGGCAGCGAACUGGGUGGCGAACGGGGCGAGCCUGGAGGAUUGUCACUCCAACCUCUUCUCGCUGGCUGAACUCACGGGAAUCAAAUGGCGUAGGUACAAUUUUGGAGGGCAUGGGGACUGUGGACCCAUAAUUUCAGCCCCAGCCCAAGAUGAUCCAAUCCUGUUAAGUUUCAUCCGCUGUCUGCAAGCCAACUUGCUGUGUGUAUGGCGUCGUGAUGUCAAACCAGAUUGCAAAGAGUUAUGGAUAUUCUGGUGGGGAGACGAACCCAACCUAGUGGGUGUAAUACAUCAUGAACUGCAGGUUGUGGAAGAAGGACUCUGGGAAAAUGGCCUUUCCUAUGAAUGUAGGACGCUGCUCUUCAAAGCGAUCCACAAUCUGUUAGAAAGGUGCCUAAUGGAUAAGAACUUCGUUAGGAUUGGGAAAUGGUUUGUCCGACCCUAUGAAAAGGAUGAAAAGCCGGUCAACAAAAGUGAGCAUUUGUCCUGUGCUUUCACCUUCUUUCUUCAUGGGGAAAGUAAUGUAUGCACAAGUGUGGAGAUUGCCCAACACCAGCCAAUUUAUUUGAUCAAUGAGGAACAUAUACACAUGGCCCAGUCUUCACCUGCACCAUUUCAAGUACUGGUAAGUCCUUAUGGCUUAAAUGGCACGCUAACAGGCCAAGCAUACAAGAUGUCAGACCCAGCCACCCGUAAGUUGAUUGAGGAAUGGCAGUAUUUCUAUCCAAUGGUGCUGAAAAAGAAAGAAGAAUUGAAAGAGGAAGAGGAGUUGGGAUAUGAUGAUGAUUUCCCUGUGGCAGUUGAAGUAAUUGUUGGUGGUGUUCGCAUGGUUUAUCCAUCAGCUUUUGUUUUGAUCUCUCAGAAUGACAUCCCAGUUCCUCAGAGUGUUGCCAGUGCUGGAGGCCACAUUACAGUUGGGCAGCAGGGACUUGGUAGUGUGAAGGACCCAAGUAACUGUGGGAUGCCUCUCACCCCUCCCACCUCUCCAGAACAGGCUGUCAUAGGUGAGAGUGGAGGUACGCAGAGUGCUGUCAGUCACCUAGGUUCCCAAGACGGGGGGAUGAUAACUAUGCAUAGUCCAAAGAGAUCGGGGAAGAUUCCUCCAAAACUCCACAAUCAUAUGGUCCAUCGAGUCUGGAAGGAAUGCAUCCUCAACAGAUCCCAGUCCAAGAGGAGCCAAAUGUCAACUCCAACUCUUGAAGAAGAGCCUGCUAACAAUCCUGCUACUUGGGAUUUUGUGGAUCCAACCCAAAGAGUCAGCUGUUCUUGCUCUAGGCAUAAACUUUUAAAACGUUGUGCAGUAGGACCCAAUCGACCUCCCACAGUAUCUCAACCAGGGUUCAGUGCAGGACCAUCAUCAUCUUCAUCUUUACCACCUCCUGCUUCUUCUAAGCACAAAACAACAGAAAGACAGGAAAAGGGAGACAAGUUGCAAAAGAGACCCUUGAUACCAUUUCACCAUAGGCCCUCUGUGGCCGAAGAGUUAUGCAUGGAACAAGAUACACCGGGACAGAAGCUAGGGUUGGCAGGGAUAGAGUCCUUGGAGGUGUCUAGCAGUAGGAAGUAUGAUAAGCAAAUGGCCGUGCCUUCCAGAAAUACAAGCAAGCAAAUGAAUCUGAAUCCUAUGGAUUCACCUCAUUCCCCUAUUUCCCCUCUGCCGCCAACACUCAGCCCUCAGCCACGAGGUCAGGAAACGGAGAGUUUGGAUCCGCCAUCUGUCCCUGUGAAUCCAGCACUCUACGGAAAUGGGCUAGAACUCCAGCAGUUGUCUACUCUGGAUGACAGAACUGUCCUUGUAGGCCAAAGACUGCCUCUGAUGGCAGAGGUCAGCGAGACAGCCUUAUAUUGUGGGAUUAGGCCCUCGAACCCGGAGUCAUCAGAUAAGUGGUGGCAUAGCUAUCGCCUCCCACCCAUUGAUGAUGCUGAGUUCCGGCCUCCAGAGCUCCAGGGUGAGAGAUGUGAUGCCAAAAUGGAGGUAAACUCAGAGAGCACUGCAUUGCAAAGACUCUUAGCACAACCUAACAAACGGUUUAAAAUCUGGCAAGACAAGCAGCCCCAGAUGCAGCCACUCCACUUCCUUGACCCAUUGCCUCUGUCACAACAACCUGGGGACAGUUUGGGAGAAGUCAAUGACCCAUAUACCUUUGAGGAUGGAGACAUAAAAUACAUCUUUACAGCAAACAAGAAAUGCAAACAAGGGACGGAGAAAGAUUCCCUGAAAAAGAAUAAGUCAGAGGAUGGAUUUGGUACCAAGGAUGUCACUACACCAGGUCAUUCCACGCCGGUGCCUGAUGGGAAAAAUGCCAUGUCUAUUUUCAGUUCUGCUACUAAAACAGACGUCCGGCAGGAUAAUGCUGCUGGCAGAGCUGUCUCCAGCAGCCUUACGCAAGUGACAGAUCUGGCACCUUCCCUGCAUGACUUAGACAACAUCUUUGAUAAUUCUGAUGACGACGAACUUGGGGCUGUGUCACCUGCACUGCGCUCAUCGAAAAUGCCUGCAGUUGGGACAGAAGACCGGCCGCUCGGGAAGGAUGGAAGAGCUGCUGUUCCUUACCCGCCAACAGUUGCAGACCUGCAAAGGAUGUUCCCCACCCCUCCUUCUUUGGAACAGCACCCUGCAUUUUCUCCUGUGAUGAAUUAUAAAGAUGGAAUCAGUUCAGAGACGGUGACCGCAUUAGGCAUGAUGGAGAGUCCUAUGGUCAGUAUGGUUUCCACACAGCUCACUGAAUUCAAAAUGGAAGUGGAAGAUGGAUUAGGAAGUCCCAAGCCAGAGGAAAUAAAGGACUUUUCAUAUGUGCACAGAGUUCCAACUUUUCAACCUUUUGUGGGAUCCUCCAUGUUUGCUCCACUGAAGAUGUUGCCGAGCCAAUGCCUGCUACCUCUGAAGAUACCUGAUGCCUGUCUGUUUCGGCCUUCGUGGGCAAUCCCUCCUAAAAUUGAACAACUGCCCAUGCCACCUGCAGCCACUUUCAUUAGAGAUGGCUACAAUAAUGUGCCUAGUGUCGGGAGCCUUGCAGAUCCAGACUAUCUGAACACACCACAGAUGAACACCCCAGUGACGUUGAACAGCGCUGCCCCAGCCAGCAACAGCGGAGCAGGAGUUUUGCCAUCUCCAGCAACCCCUCGCUUCUCUGUCCCCACACCACGAACCCCCAGAACCCCAAGAACUCCCAGAGGUGGGGGCACUGCCAGUGGUCAAGGGUCUGUUAAAUAUGACAGCACUGAUCAGGGGUCACCAGCCUCUACUCCCUCUACCACGCGGCCCCUUAACUCUGUGGAACCUGCCACCAUGCAGCCAAUUCCUGAAGCCCACAGUCUCUAUGUCACUCUGAUUCUCUCAGAUUCUGUGAUGAAUAUCUUUAAAGACAGAAACUUUGACAGCUGUUGCAUCUGUGCCUGCAACAUGAACAUCAAAGGGGCGGAUGUCGGGCUUUAUAUCCCCGAUUCUUCCAAUGAGGACCAGUACCGCUGUACCUGUGGAUUUAGUGCGAUUAUGAAUCGCAAACUUGGCUACAAUUCGGGACUCUUCCUGGAAGAUGAGUUGGAUAUUUUUGGGAAGAAUUCUGAUAUUGGUCAGGCUGCGGAGAGGCGCUUAAUGUUGUGUCAGACCACCUUCCUUCCUCAGAUGGAGGGAGCCAGAAAAUCCCAGGAGCCACCUAUAAGCCUUCUCCUCCUCCUCCAGAAUCAACAUACACAACCUUUUGCUUCACUGAGUUUCCUGGACUACAUUUCCUCUAACAAUCGCCCAACUCUUCCCUGUGUUAGCUGGAGUUAUGACCGGGUACAGGCAGAUAAUAAUGAUUACUGGACGGAAUGCUUUAAUGCCUUGGAGCAGGGCCGGCAAUAUGUGGAUAAUCCCACGGGUGGCAAAGUGGACGAAGCUCUGGUGAGAAGUGCCACUGUGCACUCUUGGCCUCAUAGCAACGUGCUCGACAUCAGCAUGCUCUCCUCCCAGGAUGUGGUCCGUAUGCUGUUGUCCCUGCAGCCCUUUCUCCAAGACGCCAUCCAGAAGAAGCGCACGGGCAGGACCUGGGAGAAUAUCCAGCAUGUGCAGGGACCACUCACCUGGCAGCAGUUCCACAAAAUGGCAGGACGGGGAACCUAUGGUUCAGAAGAGUCUCCUGAGCCACUGCCCAUCCCCACUCUGCUGGUGGGCUGCGACAAGGACUUCCUCACCAUCUCGCCGUUCUCCUUGCCAUUUUGGGAGAGGCUGUUGUUGGACCCGUAUGGGGGCCACCGUGAUGUUGCCUAUCUUGUGGUGUGUCCAGAAAAUGAGGCCUUGCUCGAGGGAGCCAGAACUUUCUUCAGGGACUUGAGUGCUGUAUAUGAGAUGUGCAGGCUGGGGCAGCACAAGCCCAUCUGCAAAGUGCUACGCGAUGGGAUCAUGCGCGUGGGAAAGACCGUGGCACAGAAGCUGACCGACGAGCUUGUGAGUGAGUGGUUCAACCAGCCGUGGAGCAGUGAGGAGAAUGACAAUCAUUCCAGACUCAAACUGUAUGCGCAAGUUUGUCGCCAUCACCUAGCACCUUAUUUAGCCACUCUGCAGCUCGAUAGCAGCCUGUUGAUACCACCUAAAUACCAGACCCCACCAGCAGCAGCACAGGGACAAGCUACGCCUGGGAAUACUGGGCCUUUAGCCUCAAAUUCAGGAUCAGCAGCUCCCUCAGCUGGCAGUGCGUUUAAUCCCACCUCUAAUGGUAGUUCUACGAACCCUGCAGCGAGUAGUUCCACGUCUGGUUCUUCUGUACCACCGGUCUCAUCAUCUGCCUCCGCUCCUGUUAUUAACCAGAUAAGCACUACCUCUUCUUCAGGAUUCAGUGGUAGUGUUGGAGGGCAGAACCCCAGCACUGGGGCCAGUUCUGCAGAUAGAACACAAGGGAACAUAGGCUGUGCUGGAGACACUGAGCCUGGGCAGAGCUCCUCUCAGCCCUCACAGGAUGGACAAGAAAGUGUCACAGAAAGGGAGAGAAUAGGAAUCCCCACAGAGCCCGACUCUGCAGACAGCCAAGCCUGUCCCCCAGCUGUUGUCAUUUACAUGGUGGACCCCUUCACCUACACUGCAGAAGAAGACUCCACUUCCGGGAACUUUUGGCUGUUGAGCUUGAUGCGCUGCUACACAGAGAUGCUGGAUCAUUUACCUGAGCAUAUGAGAAAUUCUUUCAUUCUCCAGAUUGUGCCUUGCCAGUACAUGCUGCAGACAAUGAAGGAUGAACAAGUUUUCUACAUUCAAUACUUGAAGUCCAUGGCAUUUUCAGUGUACUGCCAGUGCAGGCGGCCUCUGCCUACGCAGAUCCACAUUAAAUCCCUCACAGGAUUUGGACCUGCUGCCAGCAUUGAGAUGACCCUCAAGAACCCGGAGCGGCCCAGCCCAAUCCAGCUUUACUCCCCUCCUUUUAUAUUGGCCCCAAUCAAAGACAAGCAGACAGAGCUGGGAGAGACGUUUGGCGAAGCGAGCCAGAAAUACAAUGUGCUCUUUGUGGGCUAUUGUCUGUCUCACGACCAGCGCUGGCUUUUGGCUUCCUGCACUGACCUCCAUGGGGAAUUAUUAGAAACUUGUAUUGUCAAUAUUGCUUUACCAAACAGAUCACGUAGGAGUAAAGUAUCUGCACGUAAAAUUGGACUACAGAAGUUAUGGGAAUGGUGCAUAGGUAUUGUCCAAAUGACGUCUCUACCCUGGAGAGUUGUAAUAGGGCGACUUGGGCGUCUUGGCCAUGGGGAGCUUAAAGAUUGGAGUAUCCUCCUUGGAGAAUGUUCACUACAGACAAUCAGCAAACGGCUCAAGGACGUGUGCCGGAUGUGUGGAAUCUCUGCCGCAGACUCUCCUUCUAUCCUUAGUGCCUGCCUGGUUGCCAUGGAACCCCAGGGGUCCUUUGUAGUGAUGCCAGAUGCUGUCACAAUGGGUUCUGUUUUUGGCCGAAGUACUGCACUAAACAUGCAGUCAUCUCAGCUUAACACCCCUCAAGAUGCUUCUUGUACACACAUCUUGGUGUUCCCAACAUCAUCAACCAUCCAAGUGGCUCCAGCCAACUAUCCCAAUGAAGAUGGAUUUAGCCCCAACAAUGAUGAUAUGUUUGUUGACCUUCCAUUCCCAGAUGAUAUGGACAAUGAUAUUGGUAUAUUAAUGACUGGGAACCUCCAUUCCUCUCCCAACUCCUCCCCAGUCCCCUCCCCAGGCUCUCCUUCUGGAAUUGGCGUGGGCUCUCACUUCCAGCAUAGUCGGAGCCAGGGCGAGCGUCUUCUUUCUAGAGAAGCGCCUGAGGAGCUGAAGCAGCAGCCUCUGGCCCUUGGAUAUUUUGUGUCAACUGCCAAAGCGGAGAAUCUCCCCCAGUGGUUCUGGUCCUCGUGUCCCCAGGCUCAGAACCAGUGCCCCCUCUUCCUAAAGGCUUCGCUGCAUCACCACAUUUCUGUAGCACAGACGGAUGAACUUCUCCCUGCCAGGAAUUCUCAGCGGGUUCCACAUCCUCUUGACUCCAAAACCACAUCUGAUGUUUUAAGGUUUGUUUUGGAGCAGUACAACGCCCUGUCCUGGCUCACGUGCAACCCGGCCACCCAGGACCGUACCUCCUGCCUUCCCGUCCACUUUGUGGUGCUCACUCAGUUGUACAAUGCCAUCAUGAAUAUACUUUAAUUGGAAAAGCACUUGUUCUCUCUGGCUCAGUUCCUUCUCCCGCAACCUCAGUCCAAGGAACCUGCUACACUCUGCAAAUACCCACAUCCUCUUCUUGAGACCACUCUCCACAGUCCUGCACUGUGAUUCCUUCUCAGCAGGCACAUGUCAUUUCUGCAGUGUUCGUUACUAGAGUGACUCAUUGACACUUCUCUAAUGGACCUGGAAACUUCCAUAAGCAGUGACUUUCAGCCAGUGUUAUGGUGUGUGCAGCCCCAAACCACUGGUCCACAGGAAGUUUUUUUUGUUGUUGGUUUUUAAGAGGGAAACAGAAGAGACGGUAUCCUUUUGCACAAGAGUCUGUGUUUUCAGUCUCUGUUUAAAAAUAAGGGCAGUUUAGCCCUUUGGAUGAAAUCCUCUAGUUAUUGGUCUAUGGCCUGUGGGUUACCUGAACUCCAUAAUCUGGGACUUUUUGACAGUAAGAACCAGCUCAAGUACGUGAUUUCGUAAUGGGGUUUCUGUCUCCCUAGUGCUCCCAUCUAGGUUGGCGUGAGUGCUUUGGUUGACUUCAUACCUGUGUGUAGAUACAAAAGGUCUGGAGACAUCUUCAUUUUGUUUAUUUAUUUUAAGUUGUUUUGUCAUAUAGUUUUUGUGACUUACUUUUAAUUUUUUUAAUUCGCGAGGACCAGGUACAGUAGCUGAAACCCAACUCAGAUCUACCAUAGGAUUCUUUGAGUACGUACCUCUGUCCUAGAAGCCGGAAAAGGAGUGGAAACAAACUGGGGAGACCAUGCCUAAAAGUAAUAUAUUUAAAACGACCCGGCAGUGGGUUUUGUUCAGAACAAACUGGGUAAACAUUCUGCCAUGUUCCUUAUUAAAGUGGCCAGCGUUUCAUGAAGGUUAACAUUUUUAUACAGAAGGCAGUCAAGCUCAACCCAGAGCCAUGGAGGCAAGUACCUUAAUUAGUUUUCUAUAAUCACAGUGGGAAUAUAUUUUCUAGUGAAUUCUUAUUGAAAGCCAGGUCUCUCCUCUCAUUAGAUCAAAAGGGACUCAUGUACAUAUCACAAUCGAAAGUGUUUGCUCAUAAAAUCGGUUAUAAAUAUGGUGAAUUUUUUCUGGACCAUAGGAAUAUUAUUUCAAAGAAAUAUUACAACUUAACCAUAAAAUUAGUACUUGAAGUUGAGCCUCCGUGGUGGGACCUUUUUUAAAAAAUGCCUUUUUAAAGCAUUAAUGGCUAAUUGAAGUAUUUUAUGACUCCUCAUUCCGGGCCCGAGAGGGUUGUCUCUAAGACUCCGUUUCUAACCCUUGCAUUGCUGUGCGUGUCUGUCUGAGGGCAGUGGGCAUGGGCUUGCCUCCCGUGAGCCGCUCUGAUCAGGCUGUUGAGCUCUAGUCAUCUGUGGAGAGAAUCAUGCAAAUUUUAAAAGUUCUUCCAAGAGACUUCCAUAUCCUGGUUAUUAACAAAAAAAGGAAAAAUGUAAUAACUGAUAUGAUUUUGUAAAAGUAUUUUUCUUGAAAUAAUCUAACGUUUAAAACAUUAUAUUAAAAAAAAAGUUGUGUGGUGGGAAUGUGAAAUCAGAGAAAUAACUUGUAAAUGGGUAAUUUUGUUCUCUGUGCCACCAAUUGAAGGGGGGUUGACUUUCGCAAUGUAUAGGUUAAAAAAAUCUGAUAUAUCAAACCAUUUGUAUCUAAUGUGUACAGUGUAAAAUUGACUUUAAAAAUAUUGCAGUGCUAUUUUUUCUUAAUCAGAAAGGAAAAAUUCUCAAGGCCUUUUGAAGAGCAUAAGAUGAUGAAGAUUGUAAACUUGUAUAAAAUUAUCUUGGUGAGAAGACAAAUUGUAAAGUAGAUAUUUGUAAUCUUUUACCACUUUGGGGUUGCUUUUUUCCCAGAAUUCAUCAGAACUUUGAAUUUUUUUUUAAAAUGGGCUGUUUUUAAUGCAGGGGCUUUUCUUCCCUAGAAACCCAAUUCUAAGCAAAAAAAAAGAUAAAAAAACCUACAAAAAACAAAAAACCCCUACAAAAAUUAAAAAAAAAAAAAAGGCAGCAAAGGGUAGUUUUCAUCUGGUGUCUUUUAUUUAAGUUUUUUAAGUUAAGAAAAGCUGGUGACAUAUUUAUACGUUUUUGUGCAAAAAUAAAUGAAUGGCAAUAGAUUUUAAAAAAUCUUAUUAUGUACUUCUGUGUGAAAAAGUCUGUAUAAUAUUUCCCUUAAAUAUGCAUUAUUUUACUUGUGAGUUUUUUACUGAAUUAAUCUGAAAUGUACAAGCCCUGGAUUUGCUACAGAGUGAGAAGUUAUUUUAUUUUUUUUUAUUUUUAAUUUUGGAAAUUCUGCAGAAAUCAGAACUCUUCCCAUGGUUUGAACUAAAAAGGGGAGAUGGGGAGGGGACAGGGGUGGGGUUGCCCAGCAUGCUCGUGUGUAUAUUUCAGAACCUUUUUUAAAUGUAAAAGCUGUACAUUUCUGGGAAGUUCUGAAUUUCUUUUGUUUCCUUUUUUCCUUCAAGCAUUUUGCAGUGAGCUUCUUUUAUAUAUAGCAAACAAUUUGAAAGAAUACAAAAAUAUGUGAAGUUCAUUUAAAAAACUACAGUAUAGCGCUGGUACAGUACACUAAAAGACUUUGAUAAAAAGAAACAAUACUAAAAGGCCUCCAUUUUAAAUGUCAUUCAUAUAUACCUUGUGAAUGAGAGCUAUAUACUUUUACACACUUUUUUAGAGGAAUAAAUUAUUGAAUUACUGAAA